AUGGGUUUGCUCUCCAACAGAGUGGAUAGAGACAGCCUCAAACCCGGCGAUCACAUCUACUCCUGGCGCUCUGUUUAUAUUUACGCUCAUCAUGGUAUCUAUGUUGGGGAUAAUAAGGUCAUUCAUUUUACUAGACGCGGCCAAGAGUUAAGAAUAGGGACAGUGCUGGAUGUCCUCUUGGUAAGCUCAAGAUCAUCCCGAACCCAUGUGCCGUGCUCCACGUGCAAUCCGCAAGAUGAAGAUCAUGGAGUAGUCUCCUCGUGCCUGAACUGCUUCCUUGAUGGUGGCAUCCUGUACCGUUUGAAUCCAGACGAUGUUGUAGUUCAUCGAGCAAACUACCUAUAUACCAAUGGCUUUGGAUGCUAUAAUGUAUUUAAUAACAAUUGUGAAGACUUUGCUAUCUACUGCAAGACAGGACUGCUUGUUCUGGAUCAGAGAACAAUGGGGCAGAGUGGACAAGCAGUAUCUAUUAUAGGUGGCCCUCUUGCCGCUGUGUUGUCUACACCAUUGCGCCUUGUGACAAACAAUGUCUAUGGAAUGGCAGUAACAGCUGUUGGGGUCUACUGUGCUAGUCGUGUUGCUGCUGACAUUGGCAUGAGGAGCGAUGUCUUGAAGGUAUCUGUGGAGGAUCUGACAAGAAGGCUAGCAACAUGUACACUUCAGGUUGUCGAACCAAGUCUUCCAGCUGUUGCACCUCCGGGCAUUUUUUCUGGUGUUACAGACUCUAAUGACCUUGCAAUUCUCAACCAGUUCAGAGAUGGAUUGGAGAACCCUGAACUCUUGAACUGGACUACUAGUGAUGAUCCAUGUGGUCCCCCAAGUUGGCCACAUAUCGUUUGUUCUGGCAACAAGGUUUCUCAAAUUCAAGUUCAAAUUUUGAAUUUGAAGGGUACUUUGCCCAAGAACUUGAACCAGUUGCCUAUGCUCUCAAACCUAGGCCUUCAAAAGAAUCAAUUCAGUGGAAUGCUACCAUCUUUUAGUGGGUUAUCAGAAUUGAGGUAUGCUUAUUUGGGUCACAACAAUUUUGAUACAAUUCCUUCAGAUUUCUUCAAUGGACUUGUGAAAUUAGAGGUUUUGGCAUUGGAUUAUAACCCACAAAAUGCCACCACUGGCUGGUUACUGCCUAGUGAAUUGCAAAAUUCAAUUCAAUUGACCAAUCUCACACUGAUGAGUUGUAAUUUGGUUGGUCCAUUACCAAAAUUCUUGGGAAACAUGCCGUCCUUAUCGGUGUUGUUUUUGUCGUUUAAUCGAAUCUUUGGGGGUAUUCCAAUGAGUUUUAAGGAUUCUGUGUUGAAAAUGCUUUGGUUGAACCAACAGUCGGGGGAUGGGAUGACUGGUCCAAUUGAUGCAGUUUCUACAUUAGGAUCACUAAAUAGCAAAAUUCCGGAGAACAUUGGUAAUUUAACUUUGUUGAAAGAUCUCAAUCUGAAUGACAAUGACCUCGUUGGCCUAAUCCCUGAUAGCUUGGCAAGUAUGGAUUUAUUCAGUCUAGACUUGAAUAACAAUCAAUUCAUGGGUCCAAUACCAAAGUUCAAAGCUGCCAAUGUUACCUAUGAAUCAAAUCCGUUUUGUCAAUCUAUUCCCGGGGUUCCUUGUGCCCCAGAAGUCAUGGCGCUCUUGAAAUUCCUUGAUGCAAUUAAUUAUCCAUCUAAGUUUGCUUCUACAUGGUCAGGUAACAAUCCAUGUGAUGGACCAUGGUUGGCAUUGACUUGUGAUGUCAACAGAAAGGUUUCUACAGUAACCUUGCCCGAAUCUAAUCUUACUGGUACUUUGAGUCCUUCAAUUGCAAACCUGGAUUCCCUUACUCAAAUCAUACUUCGAUCUAACCAGUUAACUGGUCCAAUUCCAACAAAUUGGACUAGCUUAAAAUCUUUGACAUUGUUGGAUUUGAGCAACAACAACCUUUCCCCACCUCUGCCAAAUUUCAAUAGCACUGUAAACCUUGUGUUAUAUGGGAAUCCUUUAUUAAACUCUAAUACUUCCAGACCAACCGCUCCGCCAGGUAAUAGUCCAUCUGAGGGUUCACAGCCACGCACCCCACCACCUUCACCAACUACUGGAUCAAUUUAUAAUAACGUGCCAACCGUAGGGUAG